AUGGGACUGGGGAACUCGAAGAGAAUGAAUUAUAUAUUUGACUUGGGAUCUGCUAUAAGCCUGAAGCAUGGAGGUAGCUACAUCUCUAGCGAUGGAAAUAGAGCUGGCUCGAGCUCUAGCUACGACGAUCUUGAGCUUAGCUUAAAAAUUUGCUCGAGCUCCCUCGGCGGCUAUAGGAGCUUCCAGGCCAGGCUCAUGACCCCCACGAGUUAG